AAGAGCAGGAGAGACAUCCUGAGGUCCACCAAGAGGACAUGGGCUCCCCUGGAUGAGCAGCUGCCCCCUGGCUCUGAGGAGGAGAGCCACAGUCUCACCACCCCCAUGCUGGAAGAUUCCAAACAAGAAAGUAUUCCGCACUGGCUGGACUCUGGAUUCUUUGUCUCUGUAAAUGAAAACCUUCAGCCAGUCAUCAGCCACAUUGUUCCUUUUCAUGAACAAGGAAUGGUUCAAAUGACUGUGAAAGACUACACGAGAUCUCUGCAUCAGUUUUUAGAAACUCCCACGCUCUCCAGAGGGACCAGUUUCAACUCUUGCCAUUCUGCUGCAAGUAUACCACAAAGCAUUCCUGAAUGGCUGGAAUUUUGGGAAAAAGAUCCAGUGGAGAUUCUCUUGGAUCUGGGGUUUGGUGCUGACGAGCCAGACAUCUACACACGAAUCCCAGCCAGAUUCCUGGGUUGUGGCUCAGCAGCCAGAGGAAUCAACAUCCGUGUUUUUCUUGAAGCUCAAAAACAGCGAAUGGACAUUGAGAACACUAACUUGUACAGCCGUUUCUAACAGCUGGAAAUAUUGGAUCAUGUGGCCAGUGCUUUCUCAUCUUUGCUGAAUGAUGUCAGCAUCCUGCAGAACAAAGCUGAAGAGGAAGAUGAAGGAAAAAGUGUGCAAAGAACCUCAGUGAGUGAAGCCAAGGAGCAUCGAAGAAGAAUGGGUGAACUUUUUGGGAAUGGUUCAAAGCAGAACACUAGAAGGGAUGAUAGGCUGGGAGCAUCACAGUCAUUGAAGAUGAGAAACAAAUUUUCCAUCGUCUCUGCAGAAGCAGGGUGUGGAGCAGUUGCCAUGACAAACAAACACGACCAAAGUCAUUUGUCUCUUUCAGCAGAGCACUGGUCUCUUCAAGGCUGUGAUGACUUGACACCUUGUGAUCCUCCCCAAGCUCUUCUGAGCAAGCAGUGGCCUCACUCAUCCAUGCUGGCCAAGCAGGCUCCGCCUUCCUGUGUGUCUGAGGGGUCAGUCAAGGACAGAACUCAAAAGGAGAACUCACUUCAGACUAACAAACUCAAGAGCUUGUCUUGUCUUGCAGGCAAAGCACCAGACUCCUUCAAAAUGGAAGAGGUCCAGAGCUUUGAAGAAGAGGCUGGUAAUCCUCUUGACAUGACCUCAGGAACUGUAGGUAAGAAUUCAUCAAGAGCAAACAGCUGCCAGGCUGACAGCAGCAGGUUCCUGGAGGAACCACCACCCCUGCAGAUACCCUGCUUGUCAAGCUACCAGAGUCCUGCUGAGAAUGGAUAUAGAAAGCCAAGGAAUCAGAGCCACAGCUUACAGUCAUCCCAGGACUGUCAGCAAGAGUCACAGGAGUCUGAUUCCAAGAGCAUAGUGAGGACAUCCUUUUCAAGUCAAGACUGGAGUGUCUUGGAAGAAAAAGCCUCAACCUCUGUGGUAGAGAAAGAGUCUCAGUCUGAGGCCAUGGACGGGCCCCCAGAGCUGUUGACCCAAGAUCUGGCCCUUGAUAAAACCACCCCUAGGGGAGAACCCCCAAGGAAAAACAGCCAUCUGUGGCAGCAUCCGCCUGUGCCCCAGACUGAAAAUGAGGCCAUUGUAGGCAUGGUUACCUCCAAAUAUGAUUGCCCUCUGGGUCUUAUGGUGAUGCACAUCACAGAAGUGAAGGAUGGGUUCCUGAGGCCUGAACGAGCUGGGGCAGUAUAUGUGCAAAGCCACCGCUGUGAGUCUCAGAGGUCACCUGGAAUUGAUCAUGCUCAAGACAAAUCCUUUCAUGUUGACUCGGAGGCCCCAAGAGAACAGAAGGCGGUUAAACUCUGUCCUGAUAUUAACAACGCCUUACUGAUGAAAAAAAGUGUCCCACAGCACGUCCCCAAGCCCAGUGAAGCCAUGCCCUACACAGGCGACCUUGUCCAAAUAUCUGGGAAGUCCAUUCCCCAUCUAGAUUAAGUGGCUGGCGAUACUCCCCAAGUGAGGCCAAGGUGUAGUGCUUUGGGUCAAAUACCACCUAGGGCAGAAUCUGAGAUGGGAAACCUUCCUCCAGAUGCUAAGGUAAACGCUGUUAGCUCCAAGUCCGUGAUAAUCCAGAUGUUCUCCAAACUGGCAACAGCUGCUCAGAGUGCUGUGGUCUUGGGAACGGAUUCUAGAGAAGCAACUUUAGAAUGCACUACGUGUGACCCUGUUACCACGGCAGAACCAGGACUGGGAACAGAAGCAAGACAACUUAACACAUGUGAGCCUAGGCCCUGGCAUUGCUGUUCAGCUCCGAGUAACAAGGCCCAGCCCCUCACCAUAUCUGCCUCUGCAGACACAUGUUUCCCUGGUCUCUACCCAGGGGGCACCUGCCAAGCUGUGCCUGCCCACCGUGGUGGCUGCUGUCACCGCCAUCUCCCCUGCCACGUGGCGAGGCAAAGGCCCAGCUCUGUGUCUUCAGCCUGUAGGCACUGCUCAUGCUCACAUAACCAUCUGGAAGCCCAGUUCCUGAAGACUUUGAAAGUCCUUCAGGACUCCACAGUGAGGGAGCUGUGUUCUUGCACAGUCCAUGAGAUGGAAACAAUGAAGACGGUAUGCCAGAGUUUCCGGAAGCAUUUAGAAGAAAUUGAGCAGCACCUUAGAGAACAACAGGCACCCUUUUCCAGGGACAUGUCAGAGGAGAAAAGGGAGGAGGCUGAACAAUUGCAAACUUUACGCGAAGCCCUGCAGCAGGAGUUGGAGGAGCUAGAGUUUCAACUAGGAGACCAGGCUCAGCAAAUUCGAGAAGGAAUGCUAUUGCAGCUUGAGCUUCUCACAGGGGAACCACCUGAACACUACACAAAUCUGCAUCAGUAUAACUGGACCAAAGAAAAGAAUGGCCAGACUUCAUGUGCUAAGAUCCACCCCUCCAUGGCCCCUGGGGCUGCCUUUCCUCCAUCCACCUUGGGGAGUAGCACCAGGAUGUCUCCUCCAGCCUGGGCAGAAUCAGAUCCAGCCUCUCUGUCAAAUUGUCCUAUUGGAGAAAAGGAUACAGAUGUCUUCCUCUAG